AUGAGACCAGCGAGACAAAAGAAAGUAACGAGUGCAGCAAGCCACAGGAGGACCUGCAGCCCGGUUAUUUAUUCUCAAUUCCCACACGAUCAAACUCGGCCCUUACGAAUCUUUUAUCAGUCAAGGUUUCCAGUAUUCCGAGUUAACUGCCAGGAGCUUGCGAGCACUCUCCGAAAAAUGGUAUAUCCAGGCGGCCCGAGCAGGGGCUGCUAUACAUGUCGUGCUCGCAAAGUCAAGUGUGAUGAAAUGAAGCCCUUCUGCAAGCGAUGCAUCAAGGGCAACCGGACAUGCGGUGGAUAUCGUGUCCUCCCACCCAGCACAACAGCCAACAAGCGUUCAUCAGAAUCCCCAAAAAGGGCAGCACGUCCUUCGAUGCAUGAGAAGCAGAAGGAUCUUGUAACAAGAAGGCUAGCGAGUUUUUCAGAGUCCCCCACCAAAAUAUUGAACCAGAGCCAGUGCCAGAACCAGAACGAUGCCGAUGCUAGCUUGUAUGCCGCCUUUUACUCGCAGAUUAUUCGUCUUCCACAGGUACAGAGCUUGCAUGGCGGUUUCUUAACGACCGUUCCAACAAUUCUUGCCGAGUUGAAGCAGCCGUCCAUGUCACCGUUUCCACUAGCAUUUACGGCGCUGUUGUUGACGUUUGUCUUGGAGAAAAGAGACGCCAGAGGCCGAUGCGCUGCAACAGAAGCCAUGGGUUGCUAUGGCAGAGCGCUCCAGCUGACCCGGCAGCUGGUGGAAGAUCUAGAUGCAGAGAGAGCGACCGAAGUCAUCAUGGCCAUCUUUGUCCUCGGAAUGUACGAGGACUUUACAUGUGAAGACCAUACCAAGUUUACAUCAAAUUUUCAUCUUGACGGCGCAAUGGCUUUUGUUAGGACACAGCAUUGCAAGAACUUUGUCGACGGGACAAGUAGGAAGAUAUACAGCGCGCUUGUGGCCAGAACUCUCUUCAACUGCUUUGACGAUAUGAAAGGCAAUAAUAUGCCGUUCAUCUUCACGAUAAACGAACUCCAUGCACUCCGCGCCGCCCUGUCAGAGGAGAAUGACGCCGAUGUUCUGAUCCUCUACACCUGCACACUUCUCAUCAUCCAUAUACAGCUCGGCCAAAUCGAGAAUGAGGCAUGGUCGCCCUUUUCCUACGAUGAAAUAGUUGCUGCCACUGCGGCAAAAGCCAACGCAAUCCUCCAAACCAUAGCAUCCAUCGAGCAUCAAAUAUCGGAAUGGCCCAACCUCCUCCCUCCAGAAGGGAAAUACUUUACCAUCCAGCUUCCGCUGGAAGAUACCGUUGACGGCUUGAGCACAGACGCGCAUAUCUAUCCAACAUCCUCUGCGGCGAAUGAUUGGUCGCGAUACCGCACGCUUCGGAUCCUGAUUCAUAGUCUGCGCCUCCGUGCAUUCCGACUGCUGGCUAAUUCACUUUACACUUAUGAUCAUGCAGAGUGUGGGUAUCGAGCCGCGCAACUGGCAAGCCUGGCUAGUGAUAUGACCACCGCACAUGGCGAAAUUCGGAUGCUCACAUAUGAUAUUUGCGCAUCAAUGUCGUACCAUAUCGGAUAUAGAACUAGAGCUGGGGCGGAGCAGUGUUAUCCGAGUGAGGCAUUUCCCAAUGAUAAGUAUGCGCGCCUCAUGUCAGCGUGUCAGGUUGCGUGGCCGCUGUACGUUUCGGGAAUCGUGGAGGGAGUUGAUGUUGCGCAGAGGCUCUGGGUUUCGCGGCAACUGGACCUUAUCAAUAGCGAAAUGGGAAUCGGAAAGGCCGCGGUCCUGGCAGAGUUGGUCAGGAGAGCUGCUGCUUUUGAAGUUCAGGAUAUGACGUGUAGUCUUAUCUAA